AUGGUGCUAUCCGAACUGUCCAAAGGCAUGCAUUCAAGAGACCUGAAGCAAGGCAACGUUGAGACUGGGUCGAUCCGGUCGGCGUCAGGGUCGACUCAUGAGCCGCGACCCAAGUCUGCCAGUACCGCUCCCUCCCAGAGCUCAGCCGCAAGUUCCAGUUACAGAGCUUGUCUCCUCUCUGUUCAUGAUGAAAACUUCUCCCGGGAAGACGUUUUAUUCAAUCGACAGGCCCUCGGAGACUGGGCUGUCAAAGUAGGAGAUCUCAUCGAGCUGUCUGCGCUUUAUGGGGAACCCCCCUCGGACUCCCAGCUGGAGGGAGAGUCUACCAAUAUUACCAAUUCUCAGCAAGAGGAGCCCGGAGCCAACCCAACUCGGGGUCAGAGUGGGGGAGGUACCGGUACCGGUGGCCGUUAUAGCCCUCUGCCUAGUCAUAGGGAUUCAUGCCGUGGAGAUGGUGCAUUGCCAAACUCAUCUCAUGCCGUGGGCAAUUUCCUGUUUAUUGUGAAGCAUAUGCAACCAGAAAUCUUAAACAGACAUCCCAACCUUCAGAUAUCAGUCUCAAAUCAGGUUGCCAACCGGUUUGGAUUCAAGAAACGAUCCCGGGUUCUAUUGACUGUGAAGCCACGGUCGCAAUGCUCAGCUACACAUGUGGAGCUAGUGUUUCGCGAUCAGUUCCUACUACGCGCGGAUAUGUGGAGGAUGGCCAUGUCUGAGUUACUGGACCGGCCUCUCUACAAGGGACAGAAGAUUGUUUUCAUGAACACGGUAAAAGCAACAGUCAAGUCUAUCUUUCAGGAUGGUCGAAAAGUGAUGGCGGGGUACUUUACCCCUCGCACCAUCCCGAUAUUUAGGAGCGAAUCGGCUAGAUAUGUCCUAUUCAUACAGAUGUCCAAGGAAAUGUGGGACUUCAACACUGAAGGUACUGGUGAUAUCCUGUUUAGUCGGGUUGUCGACGGUCUACUACCUGAACUUUUCAAACGUUGGGCUACUAUCGAUGCGCAUCAUCUGGUUACCAUCGUCAUGUUUACCAGAGUUCAGUAUGACCAUAACAUUCCUGCUUCUGAUGAGUUUAUACCGAUGAAUCUCAGCAGCAGCUCUCUUAACCCAAAUACAACGGGUGAGGCUGGAGCUAGUGUACAGGAUUUCUAUCGAGUUGUUGUAAACGAUAUGCCUAGUGGCAGGUGGACAGCUAUCUUGGAUGAACUAAAGAGGGAAUUUAGAACUUUCCUUCGUGAUAUCUUGAUUCCGUCACCUCAAACAUCAGGGGACGAGGUUUCCGAACUUGAGGGCUCUCCACCAAUUGCUACUGCCGGUACCUCGCCUACAAUUGCAGGCCACCUCACAUCAGCAAUAAAGGGCAAUAUCUUAGAAGCUAUUAAUAUUGCUUCAUCCUACCUUGAUUUUGAAUAUGUAGGCCGUGACCUCGUUAGGACGGGAACGUCAAUUGUUAUGAUUACUCCUGGAUCUGGCACCUUUGAAGUGGGAUUUGAUACUCUUGCCUUGACUUCGGAUGUCCUGGGAAGCCGUUCAAUUGGCAUUGAUCUCAUAUGUCUGAGUCCUAUGCCGUUACAUUCGGUACCUCUAUUCAAGUAUAAGAUACCUAAAAGACGCUCUUCCCACUCGUCAGUUUCCACCAUAAAUAGUGACACAGCCUCCAUUGUUGGGCCUUCUGAGGUUGCAUCGCCAACGUCCACUAAGACUACAAUUGCGGCCUGGCCUCCUACCCCAAAACCUACCCAUCUUUCCGACACGCUCUCACGGGCAACCCAGUCAAGUUCUGCUGUAAAGACAAGUCUUAACCCUGAAGAAUGGGGAUAUGGUAUUCCAUAUUGGAUUGACAUCUCCUUCUGGGGUGCUCACAAUUAUCAAGACAAAAAAUGGAAAAAAAACAACGUCACGCCUCCAGCUUUCGGCACAGUUGCGCCCCAGCCGAAGUUAUUCCAGCCCAAAGUGCGAAUGUACGAGAUACAGAUGAUGGGGGUAAUGGAAAGCGAACAGUCGAACAUUUCUAUACCAAACCUCCAUGUUGGGCAUUCAGUCAUAGACGAAACAGCCGUGCGCCCACGCAGCUCUGAACUCGGCACCCUGAACUCUUCCUCCAAUCUGGCCUCACAUACUUCGUCGCACAAACCUCAAACCCGUGAUAGAGGACAACCCGGAUCCUUCAUGUACAGUUUUAAAGACUCUAAGAAGUUAAUUAUGUCCUCUCAGGAAAAGAAACGGACAAAUAUAUCUGAAUGGAUGGAUUCGUAUGACGAGUUGGCAUUCCAUGUACGAUCUAAGAAACGACCAUCUAAACGGCAUCAUAAACCGAAAUCACCUAGCCUUUCAAACCUCUCUCUCUCCUCUAGGCGAGCCCAUCAACAACAACCUCGGACUCCUGUUCGUCAAAAAAGCUCAACUACGCUAGUCCCUGCCCGCCCUGCUGCCAUAUCUCCAAUAUCUACCGUCUCGGGUACAAAUUUGGCAAAAGGGUUACCCACGCUUCCCACAGCAUCAAAGUCCAAUAAUAAGUCUAAUCUUAAGGAUACCUCGAAACCAUCGACUUCACGUAGUACCCGAUCGAUUAGCUUUGCAUUGCUAGGUUUUGGUCGCGCACCUCCAACUGCUACUGCAAGCACCCAAGUGAAAGCCGAGUAUGCAAAAGCUUUACCAACAGCAAGUGGAAAAACCCCUGAUGAAAAUAUAUACGAUCCCAAGCCAGAAGACCAUCCUCAGUCACCCAGCUCUCUCACCCCAGCUAUCGCGGAACCACAGGCACAGCAUGGAGACGAAGGUAGCCGUUCAGAGCUGCUUCCUUCGCGGCCUAUAUCGAUUAGAACGGCAGUCAGCCAUAAUCCUGAAGAGCCCAGCGUAGCUGCGGCAUCUCUGGACGGUUCAUUUACUGCCCAUGUACCAGAAUUGAGGCAUGAACCGGGAAGUUUAUAUGAAAGCCAUGCCGCUGGCUUAAAACGCACUGGCCGCAGGCUAGACAUGGCGAACAACAGUAUAUCCGGAGCUGGACCCGCCUUCCCCUCUCCUGAAAAAGCAUUAAGUCCCUGGAUAAAACAUGUUAAGCCAUGGAACCCCCCUAAACACCUUCCUACAAGAGAGAGCUGGUUUGGACGCUGGCAUCACGUUUACCCCCGCAAGCCGACUACCUCCUCGGUGAACUGGAAGAGCCUGAAAUCCCCGGCUGCUCUACCUUUGACCACCGAAGAUUUCCCAACAGAAGAGGAAUUAGAAACGAAUUACUUGCAAAAGCCUUAUACUGUUUAUCAAGAUGAAGACUCGGAUGUGUCUGAAAGUCCCAAAACCCGGGAUGCGUUACUACGAGAAAUGAUUUCCCUACGGUUAUCCCAUGGAUUUCAACUAGUCCUCCGAAAUCAGCGAGACGACCUCACGUUUGGAGACACUAUUUUCGAUCUUAGUGCCUUGUCGAAAGAUAAUGUGACCAUCUACAUGUCAAUGGGAGGGAUCAUUCACCGCUUGGUAUGCGUUGGCGGAGGUGAAAUUGAAGUGACUCAAUUCACACGUAAGCCUCUCAACGGCUAUUUACAGGAUGCUAAGGAGCUAGAAGUUGCCUAUCGACCUGCAGUCAAGACAAUUCAGGGAACACAGUAUCGAAAAAGUUGCAUCCGCUUGGCGCUGUCCCAACUCGAAUAUAAUUGGAAUUUUGCAGAUUCAUUCCUUGCGGGCCAUCGAGAUCACUUAGCUGACUCUUUACGCCAACUUAAACACUGGCGUACACGUUUCGUUCUAAUCCCAACUCACAUGUCAACGCAUUCCCGGCGCAGUAAUUCUUCCUUGAAUGAAGAUAAUGAAGAAGAACGGCACUUGAUGGGUAUCUACCAAUUAACCCAAGUUUGGCAACGAUACAAAUAUACCCCACCAGAGGAAAAGAAGUUCCAAUCCACUAGUUCCAAAAAGAAAGAUCAAAAUCCAUUGAAUAUUUUGUAUCAAACUUGCGAUCCUUCUGUGGUUGUUGCAACAGAGCUUGAUAGGCUUUUGCUUGAAGAUCCUGGACUUGAUAACCCACCCGCGCAGCUUCUACCAGAGUCAGAAUUGCUCCAAAAAUCGUCCGUAUCCUUAUCCUCAAUUGCCCAAGCAAUGCAGUCCGAGAAAGGAGUACGAAUGAUGGAUAGGAGAUGGCAUUGGCGUCUCCAUUACAAUUGUUUUGUUGGAAUGGAAUUGACUACUUGGCUGAUAAAGAAUUUCAGCGAUAUUGACACACGUGAUGAAGCAGUUCAGUUUGGGAAUGAACUCAUGAAGCAUGGCCUCUUCCAUCACGUACAGCGAAGGCACAAUUUCAGAGAUGGCAAUUAUUUCUAUCAAAUAACGGACGAGUAUCGAAUAUCUAGGCCGGAGUCUAAAGGCGGCUGGUUUCAGAGCCUUAAAGGAGACAAAUCAACCCCUGGCACGCCAAUGGAGAAAGAUGGGGUUAGGGAUUCGCCUUCUAGCUUCCGUUCAAGGUCUGAAAAGAGCUCUGAUGACGGUGGUGGUAGAAAUGAACCUCUUCCCCCACCACCAAGGUCGUCCGGCCGGGGCAAGGUCGCUAUAUGGCUGGCAAAGAGCAUGAAAUACGACUUAGAUCCUCGUAAACGGUCAGAUCGACCCGAAAUAAUCGACCUUCACUAUGACAGGAUCCAUAACCCCGAAAACUGCUUCCAUAUUGAACUAAGCUGGAUGAACGCAACCCCCAAGCUAGUUGAAGACGCUGUUGUAUCUUGGGCCGGAUUAGCAGAGAAAUACGGACUAAAGUUGGUUGAACUACCACUUUCCGAGGCCUCGUCAAUUGUUGAAUCACAGGUCUUUAGGCGUCCGUUCCCAAUCAAGCUGAAACAUCAACCACCAGACCCUCCAUCCGGAAACCUCUUUACCUCCACUUCUUUUACGUCCCAGUCCACCCCGGAUCGCCACUUUUAUCAUAAAGCCAUCCUCAAAAAGUUCGAUUUCAUUCUUGAUUUCGAACCUUUCAGCGCAUUUCCAACCGAUGUUGAGGUAUCUUACUCAUGGGGCAAGCCAGAUUAUCGAUUCCCUCAAUAUGUCCAUAGGUCGGGCGCAAUUCUUGCUCAGAUCACUGAUGAAGGGAAUUUCCUCCUCUUAACCAACAGAUUGUUCAACACAUAUCACCCUUCAGUCAUGAUUAAAGAAUCCAAUAAAUUCGAGAGAGGCGAAUAUUUCCGACCUCGUGCAUCUACGAUAGUUGAUUCCGCGCUUUAUGACCGUGGCUCGCCUCACCUCUCUCCAGUCGUACGCAGUUCCGGACUUAACGGCUUCUCGCCCUCCGUCUCACCACAGACACAGCAACAACCAGAAUCGAUUAACGUGUACCAGACAGCAGCAGACCUAAAGGACAAAUUACAAGCAUUUUGUAAUGAUAAGGAGAAGCUUGAUGCAUUCUUUGCUACUGCUGCUGCCCAUGUACAACCGGUCUCUACAAAGGCCAGCCCAACAAAUACGAUGACUUCGGACUCGCUGAUUCCGUCCUUGGUGCUACCCGACAGUGUAGUACGCCAUUCAACCUCCAGCUCUGCAGGAAAAAUGCCUCAGCGAUCAGCAUCCAUAGAUUCCGUUGUAGUACAGCAUACGCCCCGGUAUGGCCCAGCGCAUGAUUCUCCAGGAACAACUCAACUAUAA